GUAUACUGCUUUUUUUAUGCGUAUCUGGCAACCCAGUGAAGGAGCACCUCAGUCAACCACACGAACCAGUUAGCUAGCAGAUGAUUGAUAUAGACAGUAAUAAAUCUGUCCAGGACGUCUUCUCAUCACUUUACAAGGUCAGACACAGAACUUAGAAUGCCAUAGGCAUGAGUAGUAUUUGACUGACUUUGACACUUGAAAGUGGGUCACUAGAAAACAAAACGUCGUUAGUUAUGGGACCCGGCUAGCUUUAGCUAAAGUUAACAGAUGUCAGGCACAGUUCAUUUGUGUCAGCUUGCUAAAUAAUCCCUCGGUCUGUCUGACAUUGCUGGGUAAAAUCCUGACAGGCUGUGUAAAUGUUGUUGUUAUUGAAUGUCCUUGUGUUUUGAAUUGGGGCGCAGUCAGAACCAGGAAGCGACUCCUGUGACUGGGAGAUUACAGCUGCAUAUGGCAACACGGAUUUAAUGUCAUAUGUCAGAGUGGAUUUUACAUGCAUGUGAAUAUAUCCACGGGGCUUCAAAAAAUAUAUGUGGACAUAUGACAUAGUGGUCAAACUCAGUUUCAGUUUUAAGUGGGUCAUAAACUCCCUUGACGUUUGAUCACACAUUACGUCCACGUGUAUACUACGUGGCAGAAAGAGAACUAAACAUAAACAUCGAGCUGACAGACAUGCUGCUUUUGAUGUAGUUAUUUCUACAUUAAUCACAGUUAUUUUUCAACAGAGAGCAGCUGGUCUCUUUGCAGUUCGUCAGUUUUAUCUGGUGCCAAUUUCACACUAUUACAUAAGGUUAUGACCAUGCCAAAGUAUCACAAAGGGCUCUGCUAGUUCACCGAAAAUCACGCCAACCCUACAAUUAUUCUACUGUGCAAACAUCAGUGCACUAUUCUGCAUGGAGUACAAUCUACCACUUACUGUCAGACAGUAAAUGCAAACUCUCACUGAUUCAAACACUGCAGUGAAGAUGAAGAAAAAGCACAGAGACAAACAGACAUGUAGACGCUGAUAGAGGCUGACUCUUGGUAGAACUUAACAGGUUGAAGUCGAUCCACUAUUCUCUCUUUAUGAAGCAAUACCUAUUAUGUGCCUUUGCCAAUGUAUUGGAAUAAUUUAAGUCUUUUUGUGUUGUUUAGUGUAAAUUCUUAUAUUGCAAUAGAGAUAAAAUAGGGGAUAACUUUGCAGCCCUGUACCGUCUUUAUAUACCACAGCCUUUAUAUUUACAGAUGAUCUCAGCCUACUUUAAAUGUAUUUAUACAAACAACUUCCUCAGUGUCCUAUUUCUCUCUAGGAUUGAUAAUCAUCAUGGCCAAACAAUCUGAUGACAUCCCCCUGGUAACAGGCCACACCUUCACUCAUAACGACUUUCAUCAUUAUUCUGAAAUGAACCAAGACAGGUAGGGAGGAUUUGUUUGAGCUGUUUAUUCUAAAAUCUGUUUUUGUGAAACCAUAAAAAUGCAAAUUUAGUCAGAUCUUAUUAUUCCUUUUAUUUUCCCACUUAACACAGUACAUUGAGAGGAUAGAGAGACAUUGUUUUUAAAAGUGCUUUAUGUGGUACAGGAUCUACAUGGACUACAAUGCUACUACUCCACUGGAACCAGAAGUGAUUCAGGCCAUCACAGAAGCCCUAGAGGACGCCUGGGGAAACCCCAGCAGCAAUUACAUAGCAGGUGAACACCUGAAUACCUAAACCUGCAUUAUCUUUAUACUACUUUAUUGUGUUUUGCUUCAUAAAGUGUUUAAAUAAUUUCCUAUAUAAAUGUGUACUGAUGCAUAUUUCUUUUCUUAGUGCCUUUUAAUUGAUGCUUGACGGUUUGAUACUUUAGUGUGUAAACAAUAUGAAACACUAUUGCUUGAUUUAUUUUUGUUUCCAGGUGCUAAAGCCAAGGCAUUGAUCAAUCAGUCUAGAGAGAGUGUGGCAAGAAUGGUUGGCGGUAGAGCAGAGGACAUCAUCUUCACAUCAGGGGGAACAGAGGUAGUCCAUCACUGUCAAUGAGCAUGUUUGCCUUUAUUUACACCUAAAAUACAACAUAAAUAUAUCAGGAUGCUUUAAACCUUUACUUAAGUGGGUAUUUCAUUCAUGCUUAGUUUGUUAAAGCUUGUUUUUUUUUUCAGGCCAAUAACCUGGUGAUCAACACUGCUGUAGAGCACUUCAGGAGAAACUACCAGGCUGCCAAGCAAGGAGAAGGGGAUCACAAUGGAGACAUGGCCUGUCUGCCUCACAUUAUCGCCUCUAAUGUGGAGCAUGACUCAGUCAAACUAGUAGCUGAGCAUCUGCAGAAAAGUGGCAAGGCAGGUAGGAAACCCUCCAUGAAAGUCUAAAUCAGAUGAACACAAGGAGACAAAAAGUUGUUCAAAUGGCCUAUUUAAGUCUUUAAAAAUGAAACUUUGCAGAGUAGCUUCUUUUUGAUAACUUUGUGUCUCUCUGCCACAGAGGUGACGUUUGUGCCGGUGUCCAGAGUGACGGCUCAUGUAGAAGUGGAGGAUAUUAUGGCUGCAGUGCGUCCCAACACUUGCCUCAUUUCUGUCAUGCUGGCCAACAAUGAGACAGGAGUCAUCAUGGUAAGCUGGAGAGAGGAAACAGGAGACAUGACAAGAUGUUGCUUUACUACUCCCACAGGGGGGAAAUUCAAAUUUAGAGCAGUAAUAAAUACAAAGGAGAAAUUAAAGGACGAAAAACUUAAGAGGUAAAAUAAGAUAUAUUCAGCUACAGGUUUAUUUGGUUUGUUUUAUUUACUGAAUUAUUUCAUAAUGAAACAGUUCUUUAGUGUUUAAAGAGGAAAGAUAGCUGAAGUCAAGGUCACGAAAGCUGAUAAAUCCCUCAGUGUGUCAUGUAUUUUCAUGGAUGAAAUUUUCUCCCAGUCAAAUGUAAAAAUAACAUCUUAUACACAAUAUUUCAAUGUUAAAUACAGUCUAAGAUGGCUUCUAAACUGAACCAUCUUCCUCUGAUCAGCCUCUCCAGGAGAUCUGCCAGCGAGUCAAAUCCCUCAACAAGCAGUGUGAGCGGUUUAGGAUCCUGCUGCACACAGAUGCUGCUCAGGCUCUGGGGAAAAUCCGAGUAGAUGUCUGUGAACUGGGAGUGGAUUAUCUCACCAUAGUGGGACACAAGGUCAGAAUUCAGUUGCAUAAUGUGUUUAUUCUUCAGGAACUAUAAUACCAAGUCCUAUAUAAUUCAUAUAACAGAGUCUGUCAUAUUUCUAGUUCUACGCACCACGAGUUGGAGCUUUGUAUGUAAACGGCCCUGGAACUAAAACACCGCUGUAUCCCAUGCUGUUUGGAGGAGGACAGGAGCGAAAGUUCAGACCAGGGUAACUGUCUUACAUGAGAAAGUAUUAAUAAAGAUUGGCUCACUUACAAAAGGCUGUCAACUUUAACACAAGGGUCUGUUUUCUGUCUCUCUGAAUGUUGCAGCACAGAAAACACACCAAUGAUUGCUGGUCUGGGAAAGGUAUGUUCACUGCUUUAUAAUACAUGCCAUGGAAGCCUUCACCUGUAUGAGAAAAGCUCAUGAUGUGUCAGCACUUUGCUCUGCUGACAAAAAGCCCAUUCAUUUUUGCAUUGUUUUACGGACAUGGCACGUUUUCUUUUGCCUGCAGUGCACUGAUGAGAUGUUUGUGUCUUCUGGUUUCAAAAGAGACAAAAACUGAGUGAUCCUGACAUCACUGAUGACAUAUCAUUUACCGUGGACACAAGUGGGCAUCUGUAUGAAUAAGUGUUAAAAGAGGAAAAUCAAGUAAAAAUAGACCAAAGGAGACUAGGAAGAAACUUGAAUGAUAACUGGAGAGUACAUUACUGUUUUUGCUGGGUAAUCUCUGGCAUUUACUGCUUCAAGUGAUGUUCAACUAAGAUGUAGUUUUUUGAAAUGAGUUAUUAAAGUAUAUGGUUAAUCUGAUCUGCUGCAGUUGAUAGCCUAGCCUCCAUCCCAGCUCUCCACAAUUUCUUAACAAAGUAGCAAAACAAACAAGGACUGUUUAAAAUCACAAAUUAUAAUUAAACAGUUCAAUUAAAGUUUUUUUGCCAUAUAUUUCUCUCUCUCCUCUGAUCCUGUUUUCGGGCUGGUUUUCCUCAUACCAGUGGCCUUGUACUGUCACAGUACAAUAAAUCAGGGGUGUAUCUUUCAUUAUUGGAUUAAAUCAGUGCAGCACUAAUGAAGCUUUCUGUUGUGGUUGACCAAACAAAUUACUCACAGUAUUGAAGCUGCAGCUUGUAAUUCCCGACUGGUGUUGGGUUGAGACAAGAUUGGGUUGAGGCAAGACAAGAUUGAUGAUAUUGAAACUGGUUGUAUUGUCCUCACAAUGAAACACUAAACAUGCCACACUGUGCAUCAUUGAUAGCUGCAGAUUUUUCAUUGCAGGCUGCAGAGCUGGUGACCUCUAAUCUGACAGAUUAUGCGAGUCACAUGCAAAGCAUCAAACUGUACCUGGAACAACAACUGGAGGUGAGUUUUUUUCACUGUGGCUGUGAUAGAGGAAAGAAGUGGUCAACCUCAAAACAACUGAUUUGUGUUACUUUUCUAUUUAGUUGUUGCAUUGUUACCGCAGUUAUAGACGUGUUUCAUUUGUUGUGAUUUUGAAUGUCUCAACCGUCUUUAAUAGAAUUAACUAAUUUAUUUUAAAUUGAAACAAAGAUGGACUAGACAAGUUAUUUACUUUGUCCUGUAUCCUCUUGCAAACAGAAGUGUUGUUAUGACUAACCAGUGAGUAUGAUAUAAUAGCAUACUGUGAAAGUUUACUGCUUUGCUUGCUGGAACGUUUUACUUUAUUUACUUGUCUAUUUUAAUGACUAAAUAUCCAACAGUAUGUUUGCAGUGUACAGUGUUGGUCAAUUUAUGUGAAAUACUGGAGCAUGAUUGUGGUCAGCAGUUUGGUUUUGUUUAUUUUAUUUAAAAAAAUAUGGAAAAUAUCAUCAGUAUCAGUAUUAUUCUGUUUUAGUCAAAAUUGAUGCUAUUGGUACGUAUUUCUUCUAAGGCUGUCUUUGGAGACAAGAUCCGCAUCAACAACCAUUUCCCUGGCUCUGAUAUCCUCCCCAACACAUGUAAUGUGUCCAUCCUGGGCCCAGGAUUACAAGGUGAUCUCAUGACUCAUCUAUCGCUGUCCUAUGUCUGUUAGUCCAAAACAGUGUCUUCUCACCCGACACCAAUGUUGGUCAGAGGCAGGUCACGACCUCCACAGGGCUAUUUGUAAACUACAAAGGCUCUAAAUGUUUAAUCUCUCUCUGCUGCUGCUUUAGGCUGGAGGGUAUUGUCCAACUGCGCGAGGCUGCUGGCCAGCGUUGGUGCUGCCUGCCAUUCAGAUAAUGUGCACAGGUGAAGUAGCGGCUCAUUCACCUGCUAUUCUUUUUUCCACACACCUUUCAUCCCAGUUACAUAACUCCACUCGCUCUGCUGCGCUUCUUGUCUAUCAGGCCCUCCCAUAUCCUCUUGAGCUGUGGCAUCCCGUCAGAUGUGGCAGCGAACGCCCUGAGGUUGAGUGUGGGCAGGGGGACGACGAAAGAGGAUGUGGACGCAGUCGUGGAGGAUCUGAGGGAAACAGUGCAGCUGCUGGAGGAAGCGCGCUGAGGCCUAAACAUUUAACCUGGAGGUCAAAUAAGGAUGUGCAGAAUUGAAAAGACUUUUCUCUUAAUUGUUUUAUGAACUGAGUGUGUAAAUAGAUGAAAGAUUUAAUAUAAGAAAUAAAAGGGGGAAAGUUGAGGUAACAUGAGGGGUGAUAUUAUAAAGAGAUGAAUGUGCUCAGCUUUCAGCACGUCAUAUGAGUAGCUAAUCAGCUAAUUAAAGUCAGGGGACUUUAUUUUUGCAUACUCUUAAAUAUUUUUAUGAUCAGCUUCAAAAUGUUCUGUCAGAAUGCUAAUGUUGCAGAUUUAUCAGCUGUGAAAUCAUCCCUGUUGGGAGUUUCAUGUUAAACAGUUAUAAAAAAUAACAUUCAUUGUAAUCCACCAUG